AUGCCAGUAUAUCCACUCAAAAAUGAAGCCCCAUCUUGGCAGAUCCCAUCUGCACAAGUUAACACGGAGCUAACUAAAUUUCACAAAAAGGAAACACCAACAGUACAACUGAGGUCUCAUUUUCAAGGUAUCCUGGAACAGUACACAUGUGCCGAAACCAUCUACACAGACGGUUCGAAAACUGCCUCAGGAGUUGGUUGCUCGAUUAUCAUAAACGGGGUAGCCCAUUUAUGGACUCUCCCACCAAUGACAUCGAUUUUCACAGCCGAACAGUAUGCAAUUUUACAGGCGCUUAAAUACUGCCAGAUAGAGUCAAAAAGCAACCUUACUCUUAUAGUCAGCGAUUCUUUGAGCACCCUAAACGCUAUGUCAAAUCGUUAUUCCCGUGAUCCGUUAAUCUUAGCAUGCCUUCAGACAUUAAAGGUGUUGAUGGAUGGCGACAAGAGGGUAGUCUUUAUAUGGGUACCAGGACACGUAGGUAUACUAGGAAAUGAACUGGCAGAUCAAUCUGCAAGGCAGGCUGCUGCCGCAACUGGAAUUGACUGUACAAUAGUGAAAGCACCAGACUUGAAAAUGAAAAUUAGACAAUGCAUAACAGAAGCAUGGCAAAGACAGUGGAACAAUGAACUUACUCAGCUAAGAACAAUAAAACCUGAUGUAACAAAAUGGACACCUAACGUCAAGAUGAGUAGAGAAGAAGCCGUCCGGAUACAUAGACUGCGUUUGGGCCACACAGCAUUGACACAUUCCUACUUACUCUCUGGCCAAGGCCAUCCAAAUUGUCCGUCAUGCGAGGCACGAUUAACUGCAAUGCAUAUUAUGAUAGAAUGUCCAGCGUUAAGCAACCUUAGAAACAGUUUUGGUCUGUCAAGAGAUUUCGCAGAAAAUCUGAAAAAGCCUGAUUUAAUAAAAAACACGAUAUCGUUUCUGAAAUGCACGGGCUUUUACUGGAAACUCUAA